AGUUGUAAAUCCGGCCCCGUACCGAUGCACUAGUGGUUGACGAGCGAAUCAAAAGCCACAGCCGCCAUGUCGUCGGUAAAAGUGGCAGUGAGGGUUCGUCCCUUCAACUCCCGGGAGAUCGCCCGGGAAUGCAAAUGCAUCAUUGAGAUGUCCGGGAAUACUACAGUGAUCACAAAUCCCAAGGCUCCUCCUGGCAGCAAAGAUGGCGCCAAAAGCUUCAAUUUUGAUUUCUCAUAUUGGUCGCAUAAUCCAAACGAUCCAGAAUUUUCAUCCCAAGUCAUGGUGUACAAAGAUAUUGGAGAGGAGAUGUUGCAACAUGCGUUCGACGGCUACAACAUAUGCAUAUUCGCAUACGGCCAGACGGGUGCGGGCAAGUCCUACACCAUGAUGGGCAGCGGCAAGGAUGGGCAAGAAGGCAUCAUCCCCCAGAUCUGCAAGGAUCUCUUCAGACGCAUACGACAGACCACUUCCGAUGAUCUCAAGUAUUCGGUGGAAGUAUCCUAUAUGGAGAUAUACUGCGAGCGAGUCCGCGAUCUCCUGAACCCUAAGAACAAGGGCAACCUCCGGGUUCGUGAGCACCCUGCGCUCGGCCCCUACGUGGAGGACCUUAGCAAACUGGCCGUGACGUCAUACCAGGACAUUUACGACCUUAUUGAUGAGGGCAACAAGGCUAGGACUGUGGCGGCCACCAACAUGAACGAGACGUCAUCUCGCUCACACGCUGUCUUCACCAUAUUCUUCACGCAGCAGAGGCAUGAUCAGACCACCAACCUCAUGUCCGAGAAGGUGUCGAAAAUCUCGCUGGUAGAUUUGGCGGGAUCCGAGCGAGCUGACUCAACAGGAGCUAAGGGUACCCGUCUCAAGGAAGGCGCGAACAUUAACAAGUCCCUGACUACACUUGGAAAAGUCAUAUCAGCACUGGCUGAAAUUGCUUCAAAGAGUAAGAAGUCGAAGAAGGCAGACUUCAUUCCGUACCGUGACUCGGUGCUGACGUGGUUGCUGCGCGAGAACCUCGGCGGGAACUCCAAGACUGCUAUGAUAGCAGCCAUCUCACCAGCUGACAUUAACUUUGAUGAAACACUCAGCACGUUGAGAUACGCCGACCGCGCCAAGCAGAUCGUCUGCAAGGCGGUCGUCAAUGAGGACGCCAACGCCAAACUCAUCCGAGAGCUCAAAGAAGAAAUACUCAAACUCCGGGAACUGCUCAAGGCAGAGGGCAUUGAAGUCGAAGAAGGAGAAGAGAACAAUGCGUCCCCACAACGCAAGAAGAGCGAGGCGGAGGUGCUUUCGCCGAAGUUGUCUCGAGCUGCUACGACCAUUGCUGAAGAGGCCGUCGACCAACUCCAAGCCUCUGAGAAACUUAUUGCUGAACUGAACGAGACUUGGGAAGAGAAACUGAAGCGUACCGAGCAAAUCCGGGUGCAACGCGAAGCCGUGUUCGCGGAAAUGGGGUUGGCAGUGAAGGAGGGUGGUAUCACCGUCGGCAUUUACUCGCCUAAGAAGACCCCUCAUCUUGUCAACUUGAACGAAGACCCCAAUCUGUCGGAGUGUCUCAUUUAUUAUAUCAAGGACGGUGUAACCCGCGUGGGUACCUCGGAGGCUAACGUGCCGCAAGACAUCCAGCUGUCUGGCUCGCACAUACUCAGCGAGCACUGCAUCUUCGAGAACACCGACGGAGUCAUACUCCUCAUCCCUCAUCGAGAUGCGCUCAUCUAUGUUAAUGGACGCGAGGUAACGGAGCCAGUGAUCCUUAAGUCAGGUUCCCGCGUGAUCUUGGGCAAGAACCACGUGUUCCGCUUCACGCACCCAGGACAACCGCGCGAGGAACCCAUCAACAAGGAGAAUAAGGAACUUACUACCAGCUAUACUGAGAGUGACUCUGGAAGCACAGACGCGGACGGCAAGAACGUGGACUGGGACUACGCCCAAUGCGAGUUGCUGGAGAAGCAGGGCAUCGAUUUGAAGGCCGAGAUGCAGAAACGCCUGCUUGCACUAGAGGAACAGUUCCGUAGGGAGAAAGAACACGCUGACCAGCAGUUUGAGGAACAGCGCAAGAACUAUGAAGCUCGCAUCGAUGCUCUGCAGCGUCAAGUGGAAGAGCAGAGCGUCACCAUGUCCAUGUACAGCUCAUACACUCCCGAGGACUUCCAUAAUGAUGAGGAUAUAUUUGUGAACCCGUUGUUCGAGACGGAAUGCUGGUCAGCUCGCGAGGUUGGCCUAGCCGCCUGGGCAUUCCGCAAGUGGAAGUAUCAUCAGUUCACGUCUCUACGUGACGACCUAUGGGGCAAUGCUAUCUUCCUCAAGGAAGCGAACGCCAUCUCAGUGGAGCUUCGCAAGAAAGUGCAAUUCCAGUUCACAUUACUGACGGACACUCCUUACUCUCCACUGCCUGCCGAGCUGGCUCCCCGCGACGACGCUGAUGAUGAGUACCGACCCUCGGCCCCAACGGUCGUAGCCGUCGAGGUCACUGACACCAAGAACGGUGCCACCCAUUAUUGGACGCUUGAGAAGUUACGGCAACGUCUGGAGUUGAUGCGUGAGAUGUACCACAAUGAAGCCGAGUUGUCUCCAACUUCGCCGGACCAUAACAUUGAGUCCGUUACUGGCGGUGACCCGUUCUACGACAGAUUCCCGUGGUUCCGUCUAGUUGGACGGAGCUUCGUAUACCUAUCGAACCUGCUGUAUCCGGUUCCUCUCAUUCAUAAAGUGGCCAUUGUGAAUGAGAAAGGAGACGUCAAGGGCUACCUUCGAGUAGCCGUGCAGGCUGUUAUCGACGCUGAAAAGAACAAUGCAGAAUUCGCAGCCGGCGUGAAGCAGUCGGCGAAGAUCUCGUUCGACGACGACGUGGCCCCGGCCCGUCGUACCAAGCUGUCUGCUGUCGACAAAAACAACGCGAUUAAUCUCGACGAACGCAUUAACGAUGUGCCCGAUUCUAAUAUCAAGAUCGAAGAACUGGCAAUGGGUGAGUGUGACGCUGACAGUGGUCGCGGGGACAGUUCCCUGGCCUCCGAGCUGAAGGAGGAGGACCUGCCCGAGCACCUCACGCUGGGCAAGGAGUUCACCUUCAGAGUCACCGUGCUGCAAGCUCACAGCGUGUCCACAGACUACGCCGAUGUAUUCUGCCAGUUCAACUUCUUACACCGCAACGAAGACGCAUUCUCGACAGAGCCCGUCAAAAAUGCGGGCAAGAACACGCCACUUGGUUUCUACCAUGUGCAAAAUAUCACAGUACCAGUAACGAAAUCGUUCGUUGAGUACAUAAAGACGCAGCCGAUCGUGUUCGAAGUGUUCGGCCACUACCAACAACAUCCACUGCACAAGGACGCGAAGCAGGACGGCGGGGCGGGCGUGGUGGGGGGCCGCACGCCCCCGCGGCGCAUGCUGCCGCCGUCGAUCCCAAUCUCGGCGCCGGUGCGCAGCCCCAAGUGGGGCGCCGCCGCCGUGGCCGCGCCCUGCUGCAGCUCGCACCUGCACUCCAAGCACGACCUGCUCGUCUGGUUCGAGAUCUGCGAGCUCGCGCCCAGCGGCGAGUACGUGCCCGCUGUGGUAGAGCACUCUGACGAGCUGCCAUGCCGCGGGCUGUUCCUGCUGCACCAGGGCAUACAGCGCCGCAUCCGCAUCACCAUACUGCACGAACCCUCGCAGGACCUGCAGUGGACCGACGUCAGGGAACUUGUUGUCGGUCGUAUCCGCAAUUCGCCCGAGGCGAAUGAAGACACGACAGACGGUGAUGAGGAUGGAGCUCUGUCUCUCGGACUAUUCCCAGGGGAGAGGCCCACGCUUGACGACAGGGCUGUGUUCAGGUUUGAAGCGGCUUGGGACAGUAGCCUGCACGGGUCCCCCCUACUGAACAGGGUCAGCGCUAACGGAGAGGUCGUCUACAUCACGCUCAGUGCGUACUUGGAGGUGGAUAACUGCAGCAGACCUGCCAUAAUCACGAAGGACUUGUCCCUCGUGGUGGUAGGUCGCGAGGCUCGAACGGGUCGUUCCCUGCGACGUGCGCUGUUCGGUUCCCGGGCCGCGCGGGCUGACCACAUCACUGGAGUCUACGAACUUAGUCUACAUCGAGCACUUGAACCAGGCGUUCAGCGCCGCCAGCGCCGAGUGCUGGACACGAGCGGGACGUACGUCCGCGGGGAGGAGAACCUGCACGGAUGGAGGCCGCGCGGGGACUCACUCAUAUUCGACCACCAGUGGGAGUUGGAGAAAAUGACCCGACUGGAGCAAGUAGGACGCACGCGCCACCUGCUGGCGCUGCGGGAGAGGCUGCGGCAUGGACACGAGAACACUGUCGCGCCCAACGACUUCACUAAGACGGAGAAGGAGGUGAACAAUAUGGCGGCCAAGGCUGCGGCGGAAUGCGCCCGCGACGAGUCCGUUUACGAGCCCUGGGACAUGUCCCCGCGGGAGAAGGAACUCGCCACUAAGUACAUCAAACUCAUACAAGGCAGGAUAGGGUCGUCAGGCAAGGAGGUAGAGGCUGCGGCGUCCCCCGCGACGCCGGUCGACGAGGGAGUCUCCGCAGACAUCUCCACGCCCAGUCUGCUUUCCUCCAUACACAGUGCUAGCAGCUUUGAACUAUGCUCACCUGAGCGUGGGUUAUUGGAGAAGUCGAUGGCUGGGUGGGCGGGAGGCGCCGGGCCCGGGGGCCAGCUGGGGGCGCUGGGGGCGCUGGGCGGGCUGGCGGCGCCGGGCGCGCUGUACGUGCCGGACUGCGAGGAGGUCCGCGUGUCCGCCGCCGUGGCGCGUCGCGGACAUCUCAACGUCUUGCAGCAUGGCACGCAUGGAUGGAAGAAGCGCUGGCUCGUGGUGAGACGGCCGUACGUGUUCAUAUACCGCGACGAGCGCGACCCCAUCGAACGCGCGGUCAUUAACCUCGCCAACGCGCACGUCGAGUACUCCGAGGACCAGGAGCAGAUGGUGCGCAUGCCUAACACAUUCAGCGUGGUCAGCAAGGAGCGCGGCUACUUGCUACAGACCCUCGGCGACAAGGAAGUCCACGAUUGGCUGUACGCCAUUAACCCCCUGCUAGCUGGCCAGAUCAGGUCCCGGUCGGCGCGGCGCGGGGACAAGGCGGCGGCAGGUGGCGCCCCCUGAGACCUCACCAUGGAGUCUAUCCUCGUUGUUUAAGUGCGUCCCCCAUGCCGCGCUCGCUCAUCGCGCCUUGCACGCCCAUUGAAACGGCUCGAUACCCUUACGACUGGAAUUAAACUUACACAAAUAAGUAUUAUCAUUACAUUUUUGUAUGAAUCAUCGACUUUUAUGGUGGUUAGAACUUCUGAAUCGAUGUAAUUUAAAUAUAAGUGUUUUUAAUAAUACAAUUUGUAUCUUAAAACACAAUUUAAAUUACAUUGGUUCAGAAUUUAGCGUCUUUUUGCAUAUCGUAUAUUAAAAUGUUAAGUCAGUCUGACUACGCUAGUCCAGUAACUAGUGCAGAUUCAAAAAAGUACCAAAUAUGUACU